AUGAUCGCAACACGAGCAUAUCAGGACUCUAUCCUAUACAAGCAGUUCACAAGGAGCAUGAGUAACUCUACUCAGGCAAUCGGAGUUGGGGCUGCGGCAGGACUCGACCAAGGGCCAUACACUUCACGAGAAGAUGUGCAGGGGUGCAAGCGCAAGGAGAUGGAAUUUCGAGAGGAGAUGCUGGAAGAAGAAUAUGGAGACAUGAUCCACCACUUCAACUGGGAGGGAAAGGCCGUUUGCACCGGAAGCAAUACUCCGCCGGUGCACUCACUCUUCGUCAUGGUGACCCGGCCUAGGGUAGUUGCCAAAAAUGCGUCAAACGAGCUAUGGCACAAAAUUAUUAUGAAAUGCGCGAUGGAAUACGUCGACCCAGUCGUCAUCUAUAAUGAAGGUGCAGACAUCCCGACGCAUCCGCAGGUGUUGCUUAACUUUGCAGAGGAGCGGACAUUCAAGUUCUAUACCCGGCAUGGCUGGUGGCACAAAAGCAAAGAGGAACGCGAGGGUAUUAUAGACGAUGAAGAGGACGUUGAAUUUUAUAUGGACAAAGAGGUGGGCGUUGGGAAUGGGUUUGUUGAGUGCUCCGCUGUAAAGUCGAGGUAUCAGUGGUACAAGCAAGAGGAGACUCGACAAAUGGACGCUGAUCGGGGGAGAAGAAGAAAGCGCAUCCUUCCAACACGAAUUGAAGACCUGCAUCCGCCUUACAGACGCUCUCGCCUCAGAAUCUGUACUGCCGCCGACGAGAUGUAG